AUGAAGUCUCUCGUCGUCGCAACCGCCAUCUCUGGCGCCCUGGCCUCCCUCAACUGCACGGCCACGGCCGAGAUCAAGACCUACUGCUGCCCCGACACGAAGUCCGAGGUCGUCAAGACGGGCCCCGCCGGCGCCCUCAUCAUGAUGGGCUGCGCCGCCGACAACACCAACAAAAAUCCAAGGAACUGGUACUGGAACUACAACGGCCUGUACACGCCGUACUCAACGCAGUUCAAAGAGUGCUACCUCAAUACCAUACCCUUCAACGACCUCAAGGUCCUACCCGACUGCAAGGACGACACCUACGUCCUCGACCUCACCCGCGGCAAGUCCGGGCCCCUCGACAAGUGCAACCCCAACUGCGUCUCGCAGAACAAGUUCCCCGCCAACACCUACUUCGGUGACCGGCAGAAGGAGACCAACAUGGCGGCCAACUUCCCCCGGCCCAACCCCAACCCGGGCUGGCCGUGGGGGCGCAGGGAGCGCUGGGUCUAA